GACAUUUGACAAUUUGUUACUUGUUAGGUUAUUACAAAUCUAGGCCUGUGUUAACUUAAUGUUAUUGUUUUAAUAACAUUAUAACAAUAGUAGUGAAUUAUGUCUGAACCGAACGCCUUAGAUUUAGGUAAUAGCGAAACCCAAAACGAACUAGUGGAAGACGGCACUAAUAAGUUAUUAGUGAGAUGCAAAUUUUGCGGUUCAAAGAUUUUAGACCGGAAAUCGGGGAAAUAUAUGAAACAAGAGAAGGACCUACCUCUAAUGCAGCAGGAGAAGAACUCCGAUGGACAAGUCCAAAGUGAAAAGAUAAAUGAGUUUUAUUUCGUGGAGAACAUGUAUUCUUUUGAGAAUAUUGGUUUCACCCAUACAGUGGACAACUAUAAAUAUUUAAGUUGUGCGGACUGUGAUGCAGGACCUGUUGGAUUCUAUGAUAUGGACACUAAACAUAGUUAUGUGGCCCUGUCUAGGGUUAAACAUGAAUGAGUUAUAUUUAAGUUAAUGCUUUGCAAGUCUGAAGUUAGAGUAACACCUAUUUGAUAUUGUCGAUUUAAAAUUUUAAUAUAAAAUCAGUCAAUAGUGUUAGGGGGGAACUUGUUGUUUUAUAAUAUAAAGAUAAUUUUUUUACCAUCAUAGUACAAUGCGGUCCCAUUAACUUGACACCAUUUAAUGACGUCAUUUUGAUGUUUAGUACAAUUACUGAUUGAACUAUGGAAAGGUCGAGUUAUUGUGACCGUACUGUACACAUGGAAAUUUUUUCUUCAGGUCUUAAAAAAUAUUGUUACAUACAUUUAGCUGCUUUUCCUGUCACUGAAAUUAGGAAAAAAAUGAAAAUAUAAAACUUAGUUGUUUUAGAAUAAUUCAGCUUUCUACUUGUGAAAGAAUUUUAAUACUAAGAUUUAUCCAAUAAUGAUUAAUAUUUUAUUAUAUUAUAACAUAUAUUUAUUUUAUAGUGCUCGUUCUGGUGUGCCCCUUUUAAUUUUUAAUUUAACCGAUUUAUCCAAGUAUUUACUAAAUCAAAGUUUACUUUGUGGCUCCAAUUUAUUAUAAAAUUAUUAAUUAAUUAAGCAAAUAUUUGCUUUGGAACGGCAACACUUGAUAGUUAUAUUAAGUGUAAAUUUCAUGACCUCAUUGGUAAAGAUUAUGAAAUUAACAGGCAGGCAGUUCCUUCUUGUCAUUAUAGGUGGUAAACAUACAUAAUAGUUUAACAAUAACCAUAAAUAACCAUAAAUUCAUUAGUAAAGGAUAUUCAUUAUUCAAUGUAAUAUAUUUUUUAGCGUAUGAAGAGAUUAUCAUACCCUGUAAUUUACUGUUUUAUAUUUCAUGCACUGAUAACAUUAAAUUAAUUUUAUAAAAGAUUAUAUUAAUGGUGUUUCACACUGAAUACAGUAGUUUAAUGACAACACCAUUUAAAGGCUGCUGCGUGCUUGUUUUCCCAUUUGUUAUUACUAUAAUCAUCAUCAUCAUCAUCAUCAGCUUAUAGAUGUUCCCACUGCUGGGACACAGGCUUCCUAUGAGGGUUUAUUGCCAUAAUAUAUAAUAUUGAUAUUGAGUUGUGACAACUGCUAUAUUUUUCGUCAAAUUCGUUUUAAUAAAGUAUUCUUUUUCUAUAUACUGUACUUAUGUCAAUAUCGCAAUAAGAACUCUAUCGCAAUGAGAACUGUAUGUGAAACUCUAUGGUGAAUGGAUUUAAACUUAAAAAAAAGCAUACAUAGAAAAUUUUAUUAUUUAUUAUUUUUAUACUUUAUACUAUAUCACGUUAAAUUAUAUUUAGGGGGCAUAUUCUACAAAUGUUGGUGCUGUCUCCUAAGUUCUCUCUGUUUAUUACUCAAAUUGAAAAAAAAAUGUAAGUAAAAUAUGGUAUUCAGUAACUUGAUCAAUCAAAAUGGCUACCAAAUAAUACCGUCCACAAAGUGGAAUUUCACCUAUAGUCCUCUUAUUUGUCACCUAGUUUUCAUAUCAAAGUCUGAUCUAAUCUCUGGAUUAGAGGUGACGAUUUUGAAUGCAUGGUAAGUUUGGAUUUUUUUCUUACGCAUUUAAAUAAGGGAGCAAUGUAUACUGAUCAAUUAUAAUCUGUCAGUUAUGUAUAGACCAUUGAAACCAGCUGGUAAUGAAGUCGAUUUCUGUACUAAGAAAUAAAAAAAAACGCGUCUUAUAUUAGUUUUAUGUACUAUAUGCUCAUUUUAUAUCAUUCCAAGCUCAUAUUCAAAUGAAAUUCAGAUGAAACAGUAUAAAUUUUUACUAUCUGUAAAUAAAUGUUUUAUCACUGCU